UCGCGUAUAGCGUUUGAGUAGUGUUGUCAGUCUACAGUUGGACUCGUCAAGUAACCGAACCGUCCUAGGCGUUUAUAUCGCAGGGUUUACUGCCAAGCGCCUAGACUUAACACAUAAUUGGCGAGAUAAGCUGCUGUUGUAACAAACAUUUUGUGUACGAAGAACAAGAACAAGUUUGUGUGAAAGUGUAGGUCUAGUUUUGUAACCUGUGUGUGUGUGCGUGUCGGUAGUGAAACGGUCGAUAAAGUUGGUGAUCGUUCUGUGCUAUUUGUGGAUUCCUUACAUACUGUUGGAUUUGUUUGUGAUAAGUUGGAUUUAUGAUUUGACAAUGCCGUCGAAUAAGAAGCUGAUUUCAAAGAUGCGACAGAUCGCACAGUGGAUCUUAGUGGUGCAUGUGGUUGAAUUUAUAGAAGCAUACUGCACACCACGCGACACAGCCCGCCGUUCCCCACAACGCAGCCGGCGCUCCAGAGAACAGCGUCGCUCCCCCGAAGCCACCAGAUGGCGCUACGAAUCCCGCCGAACAAAUUACGACUUUGACUCGUGUCGGCGACCAUACGAAUACGAGACAGAGGCUCGAGACGGCCGGAGGUAUUACGGGAGAGAAUUCGACGGGGAUUCUGGGAGACGUGCGGAAUUUGACGCUGGGUCAGCAAGACGCCGUGCGGAUUACGAGUCCGCAAGGAGGACCGACUUUGACUUGUCGGCUCCCAGUGUAUCAAGGCGCAGUCCUGAGAGUGCCCCUGAGGGUUCAGUAGAAUCCCCGCCAGAACCGGCACCUUCAGCUCCAUUGAGACACGAAAGACAGAGUAGACACAGAUCUCAACCAUACUACGAAUCUGAAUCAUCAUCUGAGGAUCGUUCAUCAUCAUCAGAAGGAGAGGAAGACGAAUUUGGCGAGUUUGAUCCAUUCGCUACAGCACCUUCUCUACAUUCCCCAGACAGUGGCCGUUCAGAUCCACGAUACGCUAACGCGCCGCGAAGAAACCCUAGUCCAUACUACUACGGUGACUUGUUUAAAACACCUCAACAAGUACCAACACCAUCUGCCCCUACUAUUUCUACAACAUCAUCUUCUCGUGGCCCAAGAUACAGAAAAUCAGCCAGUUUAGACGCACCCCACGUUGCACCCAGACCGAAUCUCCCAAAAAGAUUCUCAGUUGCUGAAGAUGGUUUCCGUGAGCUAGAGCGCUCAUCAUCUUCGUCUGGUGAGAGCGCGUGGAUGCCGCCGAGGCGUCGCGGACGGGCCGGCUGCGCGUGCGCCGCGCCCGAAGAUGUAGAGGAGCAUCGUCCUUCUCGCAGCGUUUACGUGCCGGCGCCACUGCCCCGCUGGCCGCAAGAGAUGACCACCAGACAGAUUUACGAAACAGCUUUCGACUGCAAAAUUGCACGUUCAGAUGAUGAUUUGGACGACUUUGACAGAGUCAGCAACCACCCUGCUCUUCUACAAGCCGAGGACCGUAAGGUUAUUUCUUCCGCAUCAUCGGCCUUUGAAGCUGUGGAACGCAGUGAGCCAGACUACAAAGGUCGCCGAAAGGUGACUAUGAAAACGGACAGUGUUCGACGUUCUAAAAUCCCUACUAUUCGCCAAAAAAGGGAGAAUGAGAACAACGCUUGUGCCUUGUCAGAGGAAUUGGAAAAGGUUCAUAUCGAGGAAGAUGGACGAACAGCUUCCACCUCUCAACUCCCACUUCGUGGUUAUACUCCGUCACCACCAUCAACAGCGCCUUUGCCAACAAAAUUUCAACAGAAGGAUGGCUCUGCAAUGAAUAGUAUUAAAAGCGCUCCAAAUUUGCCUCAGUCACAACCCGCGCACCCUCGUCUUAAAGACUUAAGGUUGCCUGUAAAAUCCCUGCGUGCUCGGGACACGCCUACGAGUAGUGAUGCCAGCAUGGCUGAUGUCAAAGGUUCAGUAUCUACUGAACUAGAUCUGGGACAACGUCUGAGGGAUUCGAGUCGCGAAUCACGCGAUGGUGAUGAUGAAGGAGGGCAAUCAAAAGACGGUAUUUUUUUAGAGAUUAAGGGCCGGCCCACUUCCGAUUCUGACACACCUGAAUUGAAUCGGUAUACGGGGCCAAAGGGGGUCGGCCCUAUAAUGGAGUUUAAGGGAAGGCCUGGAGUAAUUCGUCCGCGUCGCAAGUACUCUAGUACAGAAAGUAUGGCUACGAGUAGCAGCGGAGGCAGCAUGGAGUCAUUGCGAAGUAGUAAUAGUGAAGGGGACAGGAGUAGCAGUAGUUCAGAAAGUCGACAUUCAUCGUCGCUAAGUUCACAUAGCUCUGACUCUGGAAAUGUGCCAUUCACAAAGUCCCAUCAUAUGCAGCUGUCGGGGUUUGGGCACCAUCCUGCUAAGUUGCACAUUUUAAGCCCCAUUUCUGACAAAUCAUCACAAGAACCAGCAUCAGAAACUUCUGAUAAUAACAAAAAUAACAACUCUCAAAAAGUGUCUCCUGAGGACUGUGAUACUGGUAAUACAACAAUGCAAACAACUGUUGAAAUCGUUGCCAAACCUAAGCGCCGUGCUUUACAAAACAGGAAUCUUUUGAACCUUACAUUUAGACACUCCACUACUGGUGAUUCUGAAAUUCAAGGCUCUGACAGUGGAAUAUCAAUUCAUUCAAGAGAAGGCGUGGACUCACGAAACGCAUUCAUCAAUUUUAAAAAUAGUAAUACUGAAGAAGAGCGUAAAGACGAAGAUGUUGAUCUAUCAGAUCUUCCUUUCGAUAUGCCCAAAUUGAGGAGACGACGGGCUGAAGCCGAAGCCGACUUACGAUCCUUGCCAUUUGACAUGCCUAAACUGCGCCGAAAGUUGCGCGGACAGUCAUUACAGCUAAAUAAUGAUUUUGGAGGGGCAAUCUCGAAUGCCUCAUCUAGCCAAAGCGUGCAAGAUUUAAAUCAAGGAAACAAACACAAACCGAAUUUGAAGUUGAAUUUUGAUAGCGGCAGCGGUGGUUCUAGCAGUUCCAAGGGAUUGCAUCUGAAUUUGGGACCUAUAGCUCCGCCUCGAGAUUUGGUUGACGCUUCUCUCCCACUUGACCGACAAGGGUGGUACCACGGGACCUUAUCGCGCGUUGAAGCUGAAAGUCUGCUAAGGGAUGCGGAUGAGGGCGCUUUUUUGGUUCGAAACAGCGAAUCGGCCAAACACGACUAUUCGCUUAGUCUAAAAUCGACACGUGGUUAUAUGCACAUGCGUAUUUGCCGUAGUACGGAUGGCUACACUUUGGGCGGUGCGGCGACAGCAUUCCCCACUGUGCCGGCUCUGAUGCGGCACUACGUCACUGCCCAGAGGCUUCCAGUACGAGGUGCGGAACACAUGGCACUGUCCACACCUUUGCCAGCCGUCCUACUAUGAACAUCCCAUAAGGAAAUAUGGGUUUUAAUUUUGAGUGAACCUCGACCAACUGAACUUGGUCGGUUCGAAGUUUGGAAAGGUGUACAUAAACAGCGAUCGGAAAUCCAAGGUGUGAUUAUUUUUUGUUUAGAUUGCUGAUGAAGCACAAGUGAAGGAGUUACUUAUCGUAUUUGUAUUAGCUUUAGGAAACCAGUGAAUAAUACCAAAGAAUUCGAUAAUUUUUGCUAUAAAACUGGCUUACAUUAUUUUGUAUACGCUCAGGUAGCAGUAUAAUUAUGCUAGUCCAGAAUAUCGCAGCCACAUAAUAUGAAAUAUAAUAUAUUAUUUAUUCGCAUAUAAUCAUUUUCACAUUUAAAUGUACGAGUAUACUUACUAUGUGUAACGAAAUAGGUACUUAUGUUGUCUUGCUUCAUAUUACUCAUUCAUCGUUUAUCUUAUGCAUUGAUAUCCAUAUAUCUUUUAUUAAUCAGUGUUAACUAUAUGUAUAUUGUACGUUUGUUUGGUAUUGACGCAAACGAUGAUAUUAGGUUUAUUGUAUGAUAAUUCGUUUUGCAAACAUUUUGCGAUGAAUCAUCAAAACAUGUUAAUCUGACCUCUGUGUUAAUUUGCAAUAACAUGGCCUAAACAAUAGUCUAGUAACGUAAUUACCUAUUUGCUAUUGGUCUUGUCACGGAUACAGACGUCACGCUUGCGGUAGACUUUGUACUAAAUGUUAUUCUUGAAUCAUAAAGUAUAGAAUACAUCAGCAAACUAGCUAAUUACGUAAGUUCGAAAGUAGAGGAAAAUUCCUUUACACUAAGACACAGUGACAGUUAUAAAAUACUUGAUUUUAUUAUUGCAAUAGAGAACGCUUCAUUGCAGACAUUAUUUAGGACGAUAUUGCCAUGAAUCACGUAGAUACAGGUGUGAAGAAUCAAGUCUGAAUAUAAAUUCGUUUUAACAAUAAGUGACUCACUAUGAAAACAUUCAACUUUAAAUUAAAAGCGCGUAAACUGCUUACGUAAACUAUAAAAUGUAUUCAGCAAGGUUAAAACAAAUCAGAUUGCAAACCGUGGAAUAUUUAUGUAGCAAACAUGAAAUAGGUGGGUACAGUUGUCACAUUGACGAGUACACAUAAAAUAGAGCCUUGAUUAUAUAGAUACAAGGUUGAAUUUCGUAGAAAAUGUCAUAGCAUGAGUCACGAGCACGUGGGCUGAAUAGACACGAAAAUAAUAUCGAUUUAGUACAAAAUUGUACGGAGUAGAUUUGAUGUCAGUUGGUCACUUUUUUAUAAACUGUAUGUCAAACAUAGUAGAUAUAGAACAUACAUACUUAUUUAUAUCGAAACCUCAAGUGUGUGUGCUAAUUUUAAAAUAACUUUUGAAAUAUUGUCGACACUUCUUGCUUUUACUGUGGAGAUAAUGAAUAAAUGUUGUCAGACCAUUUAACAUGAUGCAGAUAUUUAAAAGAAACAUAUACACUUGAGGACAAAACAUUGGCCAACAUGAAACGAUAUUAAAUAGAAAUGAAUUUUGAUAUAGCUUUCAUACUAAUAGUGAAGUCUUAAGCUAAUCAUGAUAAUAAUGGCACAUAACAGAAUAAUAUAAGAUCAUAGAUGAAGAUUGCACAUGUUAUGUAACUUUCACAUGAUGACUUAUUUAUAUUUUUUGUUAAUUAGAAUUUAAGUAGAGUAACGGGAUGGAUUAUGGGGCCCUCAAUAAUGGAUAGUUUUAGUUCCUCUUCAUAGUUUUAUAUCUGCUGGUACUUUUACAACGAUUAUGAUUGACGGCCAGUGGUAUACUCAAUGAAAGGUGUAGCAGCUAUAUUUAAUAGAUUUUUCUGUGAUUUUGUGUUAAAUACAAUAAAAGCCAAAAAAACGUUGUGUAUUAUAAAUUAAGUUCAUCAUAUUUAUUGUGUAACGCAUAUUCAUGCUUAAUUAUGUUCACAUUUGUGUAAUAAUGUACAACAAGAUCUCAUGAUUAUACUUCCUUUGUAUGAUUCAGUUACCCUAGUGUUAAUUUUGAUUGAUUUGUACCUGAUUUUUUGAACGAAACGUUGUUUGAGACUUAAAAGAAAAUUACGUUUUAACAGAUUUAUUUUGUUAAUUAAUUAAGUGAUCAUUAGAAUAAUAUUAACGUAGAUAUGUAUGGGAAUGAACGAAUUUUUCGAAUGUAUGUGACAUUUAUUAUUGUAUGUAAUUACUUAACCACCGCAGAGCAGCUUUUGCAAGCGUGCAACUAAUUUUAAUAUAGAACUUAAUAUACCGUUUUAUUAUUAAGCCGUGGUACUUAUUACAUGAGAAAAGGAAUCAUUUGGGUCCAGAAUCAUCGUCCUUGACGAUUUUUAACAUCUACAUUUUGUAGAAAGCAUAAUUUCUUAUUUAUCCGUCUCAUGUAUUAUGUACGAAGUAUGAUUAUGUAGUAAACGCGUAAAGGAAGGUAGACUAAAGAACGGAUAAAAUUCUUAUAUUUGGAAGUUUUGAAAAAGUGUCAAAAUUUUUUUCAUGAGCGUGUAGGUCCCGAUACGGAGUUAGGUAAAAAUUAUAGCUUAUAGUAGUUAUAAUCAACUGUAAUUUUGAAGGUGUAGUUUGAAAUUGACGAUGAAAUAAAUUCCAUAAAAAUAAAA